AUGAAUUCCUUCGGUAACGCCUCCGUCGACAUUGACAUGUUGGAAAGAGAAAUGGCCGCUGAACAGACAGCAAAUUUGAGCGGAAAUAUCGCCGGAAUGAGUGCCCCGAAGAGCUCAUCGAAUCGACGGGGUCCCAUGCAAGAAGUGGAUUUAGAUGCUGAAUUUGAUACAUUGGAAGAACCAGUUUGGGAUACUGUGAAACGUGACGUAAUGACUGUCGGUGCGAAAUUCAGUCAUGUCAUCUUGCCACAUGGAGACAAACAGCAACUUCUUCGUGAUUGGGAUCUCUGGGGACCACUUUUCAUUUGCGUUGGAUUAGCACUCCUCCUCCAACACAAUGGAGGCACAGAAUCAGCUCCACAAUUCACUCAAGUCUUCACAAUUACGUUCUUCGGUUCAGUCAUUGUGACGGCAAAUAUCAAAUUAUUAGGAGGAAACAUUUCAUUCUUCCAAUCACUGUGUGUCAUUGGCUAUUGCCUUCUUCCACCAUUUGCUGCCGCAGUUCUUUGCUCACUUUUCCUUCACGGAAUCGCAUUCCCUCUCCGACUUCUAAUCACUUCCAUCGGAUUCGUUUGGUCCACUUAUGCUGCAAUGGGAUUCUUGGCAGGAUGUCAACCGGAUAAGAAACGUUUACUCGUCAUCUACCCAGUGUUUCUCUUCUAUUUCAUCGUCAGCUGGAUGAUUAUCUCACAUUCGUGA